AUGACUCCAUACUUGGUUGUCUUCUAUAUCUUCCUCAUCACUGGAGGCUUUGCCAUCGAUGAUGAUAUUUCCUCAGUACCCCACAUACGUCAGCGUCGCUUCAGCAUCCCUUCUUUUGUAAAAAAAUAUUUAUUUGACAAAGUGUUAGAAUGGAUUUUCGGAAGUGAUAAUAAGAACAAAGCAGAAGAUCCGCAAAGCAAUGUUGACAAAGCUGGUACUUCUACAGAAACCAAAAGCGUCAGCACAGAAAUCAACAUUGUAAACGUAAUCAAUAACUCACUAGGACAGAAUCCAGGAACCACAAUCGUUGAUGCUCCGGCUACUACAGGAACCCAUAAAGACAAAGCAGGAAACACUGAAAUGAGAACCGUGCCUGCUCCGUCUCGUACUUCUACGGAAGCUGAAAAUGUUGCCACGGUGAAUGAAGAUGGAACCUAUGAAGACAAAGCAGGAAACACGGAAAGCGGAACUUCACCUUCUCCACCUCGUAUUUCUACGGAAGUUGAAAACGUUGCCACGGUGAAUGAAGAUGGAACCCAUGAAGACAAAGAAGGAAACACGGAAAGCGGAACUUCACCUGCUCCGAGUCAUACUUCUGCAGAAGUCGCUGAGAGACAAGAAUCAGCACCUGCUCCGGCUCAUACUGCUGCAGAAGUCGCUGAGAGACAAGAAUCAGCACUUGCUCCGGCUCAUACUGCUGCAGAAGUCGCUGAGAGACAAGAACCAGCACCUGCUCCGGCUCAUACUGCUGCAGAAGUCGCUGAGCGACAAGAAUCCGGGAACAACGAGAUGCAAUUCGCGGAUCGGAUAAUCUCAGAUAUCGCGUAA